GUUUAGUUGUGGUGUGUAUAAAGUUUGCUCAGAGGUUGCACAACUUCCACUUUUGCGAUGACAUGUGGGUCUCAUAUAGGCUGGGUUGUGUGUUCCUGUGAACAGACUCAAGUCCUGGACUCCACUGAGACCACACUGAGGUCGAGAUGCUCGACAUUGGGGCUGUGCUGCUGUUACUAAUCGGUGUGGCUGAUGGAGUGCCAUGUAAACUGCCGCAAGUGAACGGAACAACUUAUCCUGAUGCAAAGAGAGAUCAAUUUUCACCACGAGAAACCGUUUCUGUGAAAUGCGACCGAGGCCACUGGUUUUCCUACGAUGAUCAGCAAACCCAGAAAACAAUUACUUGUGCAGAAAGUGGGCAAUGGGAUACAGCUGCAAUAUGCCAAGUGAUCCCCCCAUGCAAUAUACCCACAAGAGUAGAGAAUGCAGACAUUACUGAAAAUCAACCGGCGGUCUACAAUCAUGGAGCCGCAGUAACCUACGCAUGCCGUACCAAUUACAGAAUGGAAGGAGAGGGAACAAUUAAAUGCCAAUGGGGUAACUGGAGUCCAAGAAAUCCUACUUGCAUCGAAGUGACAUGUAAACUGCCGCAACUGAACGGAAACACUUAUUUACAUUAUCCUAAUGUAAAUAAAGACCGAUUUUUACCAGGAGAAACCGUUUUGGUGAAAUGCGACCGAGACCGCUGUUUUUCCUACAGUGAUCAGCAAACCCAGAAAACAAUUACUUGUACAGGAAGUGGGGAAUGGGAUACAGCUCCAAAAUGCCAAGUGAUCAGAUGUCAGGAUCCCAAUGACCCUAAUUUGAAAGAACGGCUUGAAAGUCGAUGGAUGGAUGGUGAUGCACCAUACCAGUGCAGAGAAGGCUUUACCCUAACCAAUGGUGGUUGGGCUAGAUGCACGGAAAACGGAUGGACACCAAACCCACUCUGUGAAGCGAUCAGAUGUCAGGAUCCAAGUGACCCUCAUUUAGAAGAGCAGCUUCCAAAUCGAUGGGUGGGUGAUGAUGCGCAAUACCAGUGCAGAGAAGGCUUCACCCCAACUGAUGGUCGGGCUACAUGCACGGAAAACGGAUGGACACCAAACCCACUCUGUAAAGAGAUCAGAUGUGAGAAUCCAAAUGACCCUAAUUUGAAACGACAGCUUCCAAGUAAAAGGAUCGGUGAUUAUGUGCGAUACCAGUGCAGAGAAGGCUUCACCCCAACUGAUGGUGGUCAGGCUACAUGCACGGAAAACGGAUGGACACCAAACCCACUUUGUGAAGAAGUGACAUGUCAACUGCCGCAAGUGACAGGAACAACUUAUCCUGAUGCAAAGAGAGACCGAUUUUCCCCAGGAGAAACCGUUUGGGUGAAAUGCGACCGAGGCCGUUGGUUUUCCUAUGAUGAUCAGCAAACCCAGAGAACAAUUACUUGUACAGGAAGUGGGGAAUGGGAUACAGCUGCAAUAUGCCAAGUGAUCCCUUCAUGCAAUUUACCAACAACAGUAGAGAAUGCAGACAUUACUGAAAAGAUUCAGGAGGUCUACAAUCAUGGAGCAGAAGUAACCUACGCAUGCCGUACCAAUUACAGGAUGGAAGGAGAGAGAACAAUUAGAUGCCGAAGGGGUCAAUGGAGUCCAAGAACUCCUACUUGCAUCAGAGUGACAUGUCAACUGCCACAAGUGAACGGAAACACUUAUCCUGGUGUAAAUAAAGAGAUAUUUUUACCAGGAGAAACCGUUUGGGUGAAAUGCAACCAAGGCUGCUGGUUUUCCUACAAAGAUCGGCGAACCCAGAAAACAAUUACUUGUGCAGGAAGUGGGCAAUGGGAUACAGCUGCAAUAUGCCAAGUGAUCCCUCCAUGCAAUUUACCAACAACAGUAGAGAAUGCAGACAUUACUGAAAAUCAACAAGUGGUCUACAAUCAUGGAGCCGCAGUCACCUACGCAUGCCAUAAAAAUUACAGAAUGGAAGGAGAGGGAACAAUUAGAUGCCAAAAUGGUCAAUGGAGUCCAAAUACUCCUACUUGCAUCGGUGUGAAGACCUUCUGCAACGCCACACAGCCAAACAUCACGACCCAGUGCUUUGGCUCUCUGGGAGGAAUCGUGGAAGUCCUGCUGCCUAAGACCUCACAAAAUGAUACCUACAGACUGAAGAAAGACAAUAUUGUGAUUGUUAACAUCCGCAGUGAGACAACAGACUGGAGAUAUUCAUUUAUUGCCAGUACUGGAAUAUUUACUAUAGAGGACGUCAGCAUAAAAGACGCUGGUGAAUACUCAAUGGAAGUACAUGAUGCAGAUGGGAAGCAAGUAGCAAAUACACAAUUUUAUUUAACCAUUCAUGAAUCCCGCAUCCCGUUCAUCGCUCGUUCUCUGACGGUGGUGCUGCUGCUCCUAGCAGCAUUGGGAGUCUACUGGGCCCUAAAGAAGAAGAAAACCUCCAGACCUCGAGACAUCGCGCUGUCCUCCAUGGCAGUAGAUGAUGAUGUGCUGUACGUUAACGUCUCCGGGGCGACCGGGAGGGCAGGGGGGGAGUGAGGGGGAGUACGGGGCGGUCAGGGUGGCUCCAGGCCCCAGGCGGACGCUGGAGACCAAAGUGGACGAGUGUGUGUACGCUCAGCCCCGGAGGACGAGGCCCUGAGAGCUGUGAACACCCAGAAGGACGCGUAGACAGCGCUUUAGCCAGAGGGCCAGCAGCCCGUUGACCUUUGACCUGCCAGGGAACCUUCUCUCUCUGAAUCUGAUAAUGGCAACAUCAUUUAUUUUUAUGAAUUAACUUUUUCCUCUGUUGUUGUUGUUGUCCAUACUUGUAGCUCGCUAUUAGAAAUGGCCUGUUAUACUAAUAUGCACAUUUAACUUUUGCAUCAUUAUACCAAGUAUUUAUAUUAUACUAUUCUGCAUGUUUAACUAUUCUAUUAAUAUACCUAUUAUGUAUAUCAUACUAUUCUGCAUGCUUAACUUUGCUGAUAUUUAGCAUGUGAGCCUUUUUUUUUAAUGAAAUAACCAGCUAUUUAUCAACUGCUUCUUGGCAAAUAAUCAUGUAAUUUUUUUGGUUGUAAUUAAAACAUUUCAAUAAAACUAAUUUUCACCCACUGA